CACUGUGGAAUCCUGAGGUCCGUCGCCAUAGCAACCCAUUCCUCCUCCUCCUGAGCGCUGCUGCCAGCUUCCUCCCUCUGCCACGCGACGAGCACCCCCCUCCUCUUCAUCCCUCCCUGCCUAAAUCACCAAAUCUGAGCUCAGUUGGAAUGGACACCGAGUCGACCCACUCGGGCUACUCCAGUCGCUCUGGGAGAUCAAACCGUCAUGGAGAUCGAAGCCGUGAACGACACAAAGCCACCAGCAGCAAAGACAGCAGUCGCUCAGAGAGAUCCGUGGUCAUCAACCCCCCCGACACCCCGUCCCAGGACUCCCCGGUCCACAAUGAAGAGCCGCUGCCUGGAGAAGCCACACCAGCAGCAGAUCAUGGAGAAGAUGCUCAGGAUGAUAACUGGGGAGAAACCACCACAGCAGUGACGGGGACUUCAGAGCUCAGCGUUUCCCAGGAGGAGGUUGUUGGCCUCGGGAAGGAGAUACAGGACCGGACCCAGAGUUUCCGCCGCUACCUCCCUUUGGUUGUGGGUUCAUGCGUGGGGUUGCUGGUUCUGGCCACCCCCCUGGUCUUCCUGCUUCUUCCAGCAGUGAUGUGGCCUGACAGACCUCAGACUUGUGACACAGCCUGCGAGGGUCUCUUCCUCUCCAUCUCCUUCAAGAUCCUCAUGCUCCUGGUUGCUAUUUGGGCCUUGUUUCUGAGGCCGAGCCGGGCUUGCCUACCCAGGGUGUGUGUGUAUCGUGCCUUCCUCACUACGCUUACACUCCUGCUCACCAUGUCUUACUGGCUUUUCUAUGGGGUUCGGAUCCUCGAUGCACAGGAUGAGGAUUACCAAGGUAUCGUCCAGUUCGCCGUGUCCCUGGUGGACUCACAGCUGUUCGUUCACUACCUGGCGGUGGUGCUGCUGGAGCUCCGCCACCUUCGGCCCUGCUACAGCGUUUGUGUGAUCCGCUCCACAGACGGAGAGACCCGUCACUACAACAUAGGACAGCUCAGUAUUCAAAGGGCUGCUUUGUCCAUUUUGGAGUAUUACUACAGAGACUUUCCACUACACAACCCAGCCCUUCUGUCUGCCUCCAAACACCGGGCUGCCAAACACCUGGCUGGGUUAAAGGUCUACAACGUAGACGCCCCAGGCAGCACAGCGAUGGCUCAGACCAGUGAUGGAAAUCAGUCGCGGUCCACGGCUCCACCUGCCGCCAAACGCAAAGACAAUGCGCACAAUGAGCUGUACUACGAAGAGGCCGACUAUGAAAGGAGAGUUCGCAAACGCAGAGCAAGGCUGGUGGUGGCUGUGGAGGAGGCCUUCACGCACGUCCGCCGGAUGAAGAAAGAGGAUGAGAACGCAACGCCGUCUGACAUCAUGGAUGUUCACGAGGCCGCUCUAGCUGUGUUUCCCUCCAUGGCUCGAGCUAUGCAGAAAUACCUCCGCACCACCAGGAGGCAGCACUGCCACACCAUGGAGAGCAUCCAGAAGCACCUCGCCUUUUGUCUCGUUAAUAACAUGAGCCCUAAGGCCUUCCUCGAGGCUUACCUCGCUCCUGGUCCGACCCUGCAGUACGGCCCGGAGCGCUGGAUGGCCGAUCAGUGGACUUUGAUCAGUGAGGCUUCUGUCACCAGUGCCAUUAAGGAGGGGACCGAGUUCCUGCUGAAGUGUCUUGACUUUAGCUUAGCUGUCACGGUCAAGAGCAUCCCAUACAUCCGUCUGACCGAGGAGUACAUCGACCCCAAGUUACACAAGUUUAUACUGCUGCUCCAGUCAGAAACCUCCGUGUAGUAGCAACUCAGU